CCCUUUAAGUAGCCGUACAGCCUGUGACGUCCACUUCCGAAAAGAUUUGCAGCACGAAUUAAGAUUUAAGAACACUGCUUGCCUUUUAGUUGAGCUUUAAUGAAUUUCGAUCGUCUAGCUCACAGUAAUAUAUAUCUACGUACUCUUGCUCAUAGUUAAACAAACGCGAACCCGAUUUUCGCUCGUCUUGUCUUGAUUGGCUGAAUCUCAUUCUAUCCUCACCACAAAUUGUAGUUAUAUUUAAAGCAUUCGUGAUAAGGUCAAUCUAAAAACACUGUUAUUUAUUUAAAGAUAUCACUAUCUCUUUCACCAUGUUGCUUUAAGUUUAGACUAUGAGUUUACCGUCGACCACAAUCAGCAUGGAAAAACAUGCCAGGAAAACGCUUUCCCUCUACACGACUUCGGUGUUAUAUUUCGUCGUCUUCUUGUAUUCUACGAGUGUCGAAGGCCACGCAAGUUUCACUAUCAAAGAAAAAUUUCUUUUUGGAUAUCAGAUUCAAGAAAAUUUUCAAACUGACUGGAUUGGUUGCUUAAUGAAAUGCCAGGAACACAGUGAAUGCGUCUCUUACAAUUACCACACCAGAAAGAAUUUCUGCCAGCUUAAUCAUCAUGGAAUUGAGCAUGCAUGUAUGGCUGAAGAUGUACUGCACAGUGGAAGUCCAUAUAUUUUUCAACAAGUUAAGCCUGUCACAAAUGGUCGUUUAGCGAGUCGACGCAUUCUUCAGAAAUGUUCGUGCAACUGUGGUGCAGACAACCAGUGUACAAGCAACAAUGAGCCAGGAGUUGGCGAUACUCCAGAACUCGCAGCCCAAUCGUGUAAGGAUAUUCUUCAACGGAGAAGUGAUGCUACUGAUGGACCCUACUACUUGGAUGCAUUCCCUAACAAGACAUUUACAUACUGUCACAUGACUGAGAUACCCGGAUGUGGCGGGGGAGGCUGGACGCUAGUCAUAAAGAUGGAUGGAAACAAGCAAACUUUCAAAUACAAUUCAACUUUAUGGGAAAGUAUGGCACCUUACAAAUCCCAUAACGGUGUGGACCUAAAGGAAAAAGAAACCCUUUUACCCACAUAUUGGUACACAAAGUUUACCAGAUUGUGCCUGGGCAUGAAACAUGAUGGUAAUACCAGUUGGAUUGCUAUCAACUACACUGCAGACAGUCUCCUCUCGGUAUUUAGGAGUCCUGGUAGAAAAGUAGAAACACACUUGGAUGUCAGUCAGUGGAAAAGUUUGUUGCGCGGCUCGUCUUUACAGACCGCUUGUACGGUACAAGGUUUCAAUAUCCUGCACAAAGCUCCAGAAACAGCAUCAGCUCGCAUUGGUAUCACUGGAUUUCCGGGCAACUGCACCACGAGCGCUUCUAGAAUUGGAUUCGGUACAGGGGGGACAUUCUACGGCAUGGAUGGGACUAAUACUUGCGGAAACGAAGCGAAAAACAAACCAGACAACGGAGAACGUUCAAUAAAAGCAUUUGGAUAUAUUUUCAUUCAGUAGACAUAAGUAGCAAAGAGAAAUUUGGCGCGUCUUCCAAGUUGUUUGCAAGAACGUUCUUUUUCAUGCGCGCAUAGCGUCAUUUUCAAGCGGGCUACCGCUCUUCACAAAUACCAACGGCGCUCAAUUGUAAAAGAGCGUGCUAAUUGUACCAGCGUUUUAAAGCCGCGCAUUAUCUUUGUUAGUUUCAUGUGUGAAGCUAAACCAACUCGGCAUUAUGGUAAGUUCAUUCAUUUACUAUCGACGUCACUUCCGGUUAUAGCUGCGUCUUUAAUAAGCCUUUUCAUAGUUUUAAGAAUCGAUUCCACUGCGCAUGCGAUUUUAUCCCGAA